AUGGUAGUAAGACAUGUGGCAGAAGUUGAUGUUGGAGUUGAUGGGAUUUUUCUUUGUGGCAUAAAUAUCAAAGCUAGAUAUUUGGGUAUAGAUAAGGUGACAUGGCAUUUUGCUUUGCUUCGUCAAAUGAAUGGUUUACCAAGUACAAUUACUGGCCUGGUGCAAUACUUCAGAAGGUUGAUAAUAUGGGUUACAGGUAAAACUGCUACAGAACAAAACCAAAAUAUCAUCACACGAGAGCCAAGUGCAUCCAGCGAAAUCCCAUGA